GCGACGCGCCGGUCACGUGACUCGGCGUAGGGGCGUGGCGGGAGAAAGCGAAAGUGCCGGAGGGACCGGGACGGGAGCGGGACGGGACGGGAGCGGGGCCCGCCCCGGCGGGGACGCACCCACCUGCCGGGCGCCGCCGGGGGGGGGCCCGGGACGCGGGGACCCCGUGUCCCCCUGGGGAGGGGACCGCGCACACGGGGACCCCCCUGUGCUCCCCCAAAGAGGGGGCCCGGGGCAAGGCUCCCCCCGCAGGGAGGGGGCCGGGGACCCCCCUGUCCCCGCCGGCGGGGGUCCCGGGGCGAGGGACCCCCCCCCCACCUAGAGAGGGGCCCGGCACCGGGGCCUCUUGGUCCCCGCGAAGAGGAGACCCAGCCCCGGCCCCCCUCGCCCCCCACCGGAGCGGGGGCACGGGGCCCCCCCAGCGCGGCGCAGGACGGGGCCCCGCCGGGGCCAUGUCGCGGCUGGAGGCGGUGGCCAACGUGGCGCUGCGGGUGCCGGGGCUGGCGCUGCUGGACCUGCUCUACCGCUGGGACGUGGCGGCCCUGGGCGAGCUGCUGCGGCCCAAGCACGGGGACGCCUUCCUGCGGCCCCGCGCCCUCUGGGGCGCCUACUGCCUGGGCCACGUGCUGUGCGUGGUGGUGCUGACGCUGCCGGUGCGGUCCCUGGUGAAGCUCUACCUCUACCUCCUCACCGUGCUGCUGCUCUCCGUGGGGCACCAGACGGCCAGGGACUACAUCCACCGUGAGCUGGAGUACGAGUUCCAGGGCGCCAUGUACGAGGACCCCCUCGCGCUCAGCCGCUUCGUCACCGCGCUCGCAGGCCAGGUGUCCGUGUGUGCCCUCUGCUCGCUCCUCAUGAGGACCAAGCAAGUGUGGCUCUUCUGUGCCCCGCUGCUCCCCUUGCUGGCCCGGCUCUGCGGCUUCCCCCUCCACGUGCUGCCCGUGGUCAACACCUUCGCCACCGUCCUCACCGUGGUGGAGGUGCUCUACGUCGUCAGCUCCCACAUCCUCGUGCCCUUCCAGCUGGCUGCCGUGGCCUGCAGGGAGCUGGCGCAGGCGCUGGAGGUGUACAGGCUGGUGGCCCUGGGGGUGUCACUCUGGAGCCAGCUGGCCAUCCCGCUCCUCUUCCUCGUCUUCUGGCUGGUGCUCUUCUCCCUGCGGCUCUCCUCCUUCCUGGCCUCCCCCGGCAGCCCCCUCGCCCAGCAGGGCCUGCUCUUCGUCCUCCUCAGCAGCGUGGCCGAGUGCUGCAGCACGCCUUACUCCCUCAUCGGCCUCACCUUCACCGUCUCCUACCUCGCCCUGGGCGUGCUGAACCUCUGCAAGUUUUACCUGCUGGGCUACGGCGCCUUCCAGAACGGCAACGUCAUGCACAGGGGGGUGACGGAGGGGGUGACGCUGCUGCUGCUGGCGCUGCAGACGGGGCUGCUCGACCUGCAGAUCCUCCAGCGGACCUUCCUCCUCAGCAUCAUCCUCUUCAUCGUGGUGACCUCCACGCUGCAGUCCAUGAUCGAGAUAGCUGACCCCAUCGUGCUGGCGCUGGGGGCCUCCCGCAACAGGAGCCCUUGGAAGCAUUUCCGCGGUGUCAGCAUGUGCCUCUUCUUGCUGGUUUUCCCUUGCUUCAUGGCCUACAAGAUCGCGCACUUCUUCCACCUGGAUUUCUGGCUGCUGAUCCUGGUCUCCAGCUGCAUGCUCACCUCUCUGCAGGUGAUGGGCACGCUCUUCAUCUACGCGCUCUUCAUGGUGGAGCUGUGCCAGGACACGCCGCUGGAGCGCAUGGACGAGAUCAUCUACUACGUGAACGCGGUGAGCCGGGUGCUGGAGUUCCUGGUGGCCGUGUGCGUCGUGGGCUACGGCACCUGGGAGUCCCUCUUCGGCGAGUGGAGCUGGAUGGGCGCCUCCGUCAUCAUCAUCCACUCCUACUUCAACGUCUGGCUGCGCGCCCAGUCGGGCUGGAAGAGCUUCCUGCUCCGCCGCGAGGCGGCCAAGAAGAUCAACUCCCUGCCCCGGGCCACGCGCGGGCAGCUGCGGGACCACAACGACGUGUGUGCCAUCUGCUUCCAGGACAUGCAGGUGGCCGUCAUCACCCCCUGCAGCCACUUCUUCCACGGCACCUGCCUCCGCAAGUGGCUCUACGUGCAGGACACCUGCCCCAUGUGUCACCAGCAGGUCCAGCCCGCGGCGGCCGAGGGAGAGCCGGGCGUCGGGGACACGGCGGAGCCGGCGCCGGCCCGCGAGGACGAGGUGGAUGGCGGAGCGGCUGCGAGCCCCGGCCAGCCGGAGCAGAGCGCGCGGAUGCCGGCUCAGCCCUGGGACGAAGGGCUGCCCCCGGGAGCACUGCCCGGCCGGGAGAGCCUGCUCCAGGGUGGGAGCCGGGCUUCCCCGGGCCCCGGGGCUGCUCAGCCGGACGUCUCCGCCGGGCAGGACCCAGGAUCGGGCGCCUUCCCGGAGCCCUGCGGGGCAGAGACCCCCGGACCCCAGGACACGCAGCAGCCAGCGCCCGCCGCUGCCAGCCCCAAGCCUUUGGCCAGCCCCCGGCUGGACGUGGGGGACAGCGGGGGCCCCCACAGCGGCCGCGGCCCCUCCUAGCACACCGGCUCUCGCCCCAGCCCUCCCAUCGCAAACUGCUGGGCGCUUCCCCCCUGCAAGACCCCGGGAAGCUGCUCCCCUUGCCCCGGGGGCUGCGGGGCCCUCCUGGCCCGGCCGAGCGAGCGGCGUGGGACCCCGGGGGGAGAGCUGCCGGCGCCGGCAGCGUUGCCCCGCUGGAAAGCCCCAGCCGCGAGCGGGGCCUGGACCAAGCGAGGCGCUGCCCGUGCUUCGUGCCCGGACCAGCACCCCCAGCAACAGACUAUUUUCGCAAUAAAGCAGGAAAUAAAGUC